ACUGCAUUUAAUCUGCGACGUGUUCUACGACUUACGACUCAUUUACUGAAACGUUUAACCCGACCGUUCAAUCACAACCCCAACUCGCCAAAAUGUCCAACCAAGAAGCUCCCUACGAUCCCUACAUCCCCAGCGGCCAGGCCGCAGGUCAACAGGGCGGAAAUGCUCGAACGCAAGCAUUACAAGCUCAAAUUGACGACACUGUGGGUGUAAUGCGAGAGAACAUCAACAAGGUUUCCCAACGUGGUGAGCGUCUUGAUGCUCUACAAGAUAAGACAGACAACCUCGCCGUCUCCGCUCAGGGCUUCCGCCGUGGUGCCAACAGAGUGCGCAAGCAGAUGUGGUGGAAGGACAUGAAGAUGAGGAUGUGCUUGAUUGCCGGUAUCAUUCUCUUGAUCGUAGUUAUCGUCGUCCCUUCGGUUCUCGCUAGCCAAGGCAAGAUUUCCAAGUAAUUUCGACCUGUACACUUAACCGGGUACAUCAAGUUAUGAAUCUACCUAAUGGAUGGACUUGGUGGCAUGACGAACGAGGGAAAGAAAGAAAGAGCAAGCAGUGAAAAAUCUCGCUGGCUACGAGCAAAACGCAUUGUGGCGAUUCCCGAUUUGUAUCAAAAAGGAAAUUCGGAAGUCGCAGCAAAUUAGCAGCAGCACAGAGGAGUUUUAGUCUUUGAUUUGACCGGGUUCUUUCUUUUUGGCUCGCAAAUGGAAUGAAUCUUUUUUCGGAAGGGCUUGGGAUACCGCCGAACGACACCACCCCGAUUCCCCCCAAAGCACUGUGGACGGAGCGGUGGAUGGUCCGAUUUGUAUGUAUGAUGGCGAGGCGUUUUUUUCGACUAAUGCAAGAUAUCUUAUGACCCCUGAAUACCAAUAAUUGACGUGGAGAUCCCUAAUAUUUCUGUUUGUUUGAUGUGAACCGAUGUCACGGGAUUGCGAAUGAAUAUGUGAUGACUAGGUGAUUGUAGUGUUAGAUUUGAUGUGACUCGCAAUUCCUAUUCUUCUUGCCCUUCCCGUCCUUUCUUUAUUAUCGAUGGUUU